UACAUAUGGUCCAAUGAUAAUUGCCAACUCAAAUGCAGAUAGGGACGUGAUGGCAAAUGGUGGAGAUUGUAAACAACAACGUCCCUGGAUAACAACUAACAAGUGAAACACAUUCUAUGCUAUGUUUACAUGCAAUUUAUAGCAUAACAAACUAAGGAAUGGACCUAAAGAACCUUGAAGGUGAUGAGCUUGUACAGCACCUUCGACAGCUGGUGAUCAGUUGUGAGCCCCAUAUCCGGGAGGCAGGGUCUGUGGAGAAUGUGGAGGAAACCCUCCAGCAUCUCGAGGAAAAUGAUGACAAGUUUCACAGGUAUGAAUUUGUGAAGAAUCUGAAGAGGAAGAUAGAGGAGAUUCUCGGCCCACAGAUUGAUGAGGAGAUAGAGAAGCAUGGAGGACAGAUCGACAAUGGCCAUGAAACACUUGUCAGUCAGAUCACUGAUAGGAUCAUCAAGUCUAAACCGUACAAUGACCUGUCCAAAAAGUUGAAGUCCAAUGUGCAAGAGGCGGUCGCAGAACUUGUGAAGAACUUUGAUGCAGAGUUUGGAAUUGGGAAACACAAUGGCGACACUUUUAGACACCAUGAUGCUGGAGUUCGUGGUUUUGGGGGCAGCGAUGAUGAAGACACCAUCGAUAGUUCAUUUCAUCAUGGCAGUUUGAUGUUCAUGAAGCCAGAGUACCUUCAGCAGUUGGCCGAAAAAAUGGGCAAGAGCAACAGCGUAACUACUCGAAGAGAGGCCUUGCAGAGUUUGAUAGCAGUACGUGUGGAUGACGUUGUCACCAGUGACUUUGUGAACGUCAUCAGGAAACAGGUUCUGGAUGCCUUGGCUGACUCUGACGAUCAGAUCAUGAAUCUUGGUCUGAAGUUUGUAACGCGAGCCUUCUCCAGUACGUCUCCACACACCAAGGACAUCUACACUCUACUGACGGAUCAUCUGAUGUCCCAGUUUAUGACCCGCAAGACCAGCAUCCCCAAGGUGAAGAAUGGCCUGGAUAUAACCAAGGCUGAGGUGAAACGCCUCCUUAAGGCUUUUCGGCUGAUGAAUGAAUUUCAACAUGAGACUACAAAUUACUGGAUAAGAUAUCCUGAGCUGUACCUUGAGGAAGUACUGAAAGGAACACUGAGUCUGCUGUCGAUCCACAAUGUGAGCACAGUGGGCAUGCCACAGACCCUCUCCCCUCUACACUUUGUGGCCCUUCUGGAUACUAAGGCACAGUGGUUCAUUAAGUGGAUGCAUGGCAAUUUCAGCAGAAGUUUUCUUCUAGAUCACUUGACAAGCUACAAGCAAUUUGUUGAGAAUGCCGUAAAGCACUGUCUGGAGUUCUCAGCGGCCCGUAAAGUGCCCUUUGACUUGAUGAGCGAGAUAUCUGACAGCAUGUCCAAGGCUUCAUUUGAAAGCCGACGUACCAGUUACACUGGUGCUGAGCUGGAGUAUGCAUAUUUCAUCCACUCCGCUUGUGUUAUUGGCAAGCUUUUGUGUUUCUCCAAUGGAAGAAAGUUCUUCCCGAUUAAACUGAAGGAUAGUGAAGAUCCGGUCUCUAUCAAGAAGCUGAUGGUAGCCCUGGUGUUAGUGGUUGUUGACCCUGGGCCAGUGUUCCACCAGCAGAGGUCACAUGCUGCAGAGAUCUAUGACCCGGCCCGUCUGGUGGCUGACAUUCUCAAGGGUCUCUGCAGCUCGGAGCAAGCCUGUGAAAUCUGCCUCUUCAAAGAUGAAAUCACGAGCACUCUUCUGUCUCCAAUCUCACACUACCUGGAUGUAGCUGUCUUAAAGGAACACCAUUUCCCGAAGUUUGAGCACCAGGCCCCUGAUGAGAAAACUCUGCUUCACGUGGCAGACAUUCUGUCCAUGAUUGCCUCCAGUACCAAAGGUCGCAGGCACCUCAUGUAUGGAGAGAAGAAGGACAUAUUCUCCAGGACUAAAUCGUCUGCUGCACACAUCAUAGCCGAGUUCACUAAAAAGGCACUACAAAGGCAACUACCUCGGGAGGCGGGGCAGGCCCCUACCCAUGCUGUGAUUGGUGCUUACUUGUACAUAUGUCGGCAAAUCUACAACACCUGCGAGGGACUACUUGUCCUCUAUCCCUAUGAACUGCAUGCAGUGGUUGCUGAAACGUGGAGAGAUGCCUCAAGGGAUCUUGAGUCCGUGAACACUCCGACCCCAGGGGAUGAUGACAGCGGUAGUGACAACUCCAGUAUAACCAUCAGGGAGGCCUAUGAUGUUGUUGCCUGGGAGGACACGCUGCGUGAUAAUCUGCUGAACUUUGCCAGCACGGCCAAGGGCAUACUACUCCUGCAGCAGACGGGGGCUCUCAACGAGUGCAUGAGCUACAUGCAUACGAGAUAUGAGAAGAAACUGCAGGUGAGCAAGUGUGAGAAGUUUGGGUACGGCUACAUGGUGACGCAGGUAGCAACCACCUCCCCGGGCAUGGCAGCACUCAGGAAGACAGGCUACAUGAAGGCCCUGAUAGGUGAACUGUGGUCGGUGAUAGAAUGUGGACCAAUAGACAUCACACUGUUCACCCCCAAGUCAUGGCCAGUGGACCCAAUAGAUAAAUCCUUACACAAGCAUAUGAUCCGUCUUCUGAACGUGUUGUCCUCAUUCCCAGCAGUCUAUGAGUUGCUAGGUGACACUCAACUGCCAACCAAACAGUCGUAUGGAUUUCGUGAGAUACCAGAAUGCAUGGCUGGUUUACUGGACCGUGUGGUGUUCAUGGACUCACCAGCAAAGUUUCACUCACUUUUCAACGUUGACCAAUCACAUAUGUUUGGACUAAGGGUACUAAGCCUGAUGGUGUCCUGUCUGGACUCCUUCCUCAUGCUACAGUCCCAGUACCAGAUACAGGAAAAGCUGCUUGCAGCCCAGUCAGACAAUCAGGCCGUCAACAAGGACAGAAAGGAGAUCAUAGUGGACAUGUUGUCGGUGGAGAGGAACAGCAUCCUGGUGCGCACGUACCUAGUUGGUGGACCCACCGAGAGGGUGCUGCCCACACGCAGUCUAGAGGAUUCAGGAACUCGCUAUAGUUUCCCGUUGUUUUCGUCAUUCCCAGUCCCAAGGGAAUACAGUCCCAAUCUUGGAGGGCGGUCAGGAAUCAUGCCAGGCUUUAUUUACCCCACCCAUACACAGGGCCUCCCUAAGAAGUCAGACAAUGAAUUGACAGAGUUCUUGGACAGCAGACGCAGUGAGAAGGGGAAAGCCUGGGUGGACAAAUGUCGCAAUCUCCUCUCCAAGUUCUUUGCUAGCAAGGGUGAUCAGGUGAAGGGGGCAGUGAUCCAGAAGAUUCUAGAACAGAGUGUGAACGUAAUGUCGACAAUUCCUGAAGAAUCGGUGUUCCCUCUUAUGCAAUUUGCAGGGAAUGACAGCACUGUGAAAGCAGUCAGCUUGACACCUCUACAGCAGUUAGGCAUCAAAAUUGCCAUCAGGUAUGGUAUCCACCUUAAGGUAGUGCACACGUCUUCUGACGCCACAGACAGUCUCACCUUCCUCAUGAGACAGGUGAAGUUCUACCUGGAGCAGCAACAAAAGACACCCGACUCACAACUUAAAUACAUGAAGAAUGGUUACACAGGUUUUGACUGGUUUGCAGCCACAGUGUUUCUCAUAUUCAAUGGUAACCAUGACCGCGCCUGGGACUUCCUGCAGAGUUUCUCCACCCUAGGGGCGUCCGGUUACCUAUGGAUACCACGCCUACAUGCCUCUGUCCAUCUUCCUAGUGCACUCAGCGCCAGUGGAAUACACCCGCUGUUCUCUAGUACCGGGCACAACAUUGAGUUCAUACUGCAGAUAGAGCUACCUCUGGUCUCAUCUGCCUUUAAAAUGUCAGGGUAUACACCUGCACAGAUCUGCCAGCACUGGCUGACCCAGUGUUUCUGGAACUACCUGGACUGGCAGGACGUGUGCCACUACAUCGUGGUGUGCCUGAUCCACGGGGUGGACCACCAGGUGUACGUCUGCGUGGCAAUCCUCAACCACCUGCAGAGCUACAUCAUGGCGCACAUGCAGACCCAUGAUCUCAUCAUGUUCCUCAAGGAAGAGCCUAUUCAUGGUUUCAAGGUCGCGCAGAACCUCAAGUACAUGCUGGAGCUGGAGAAGAAGUACCGCAAGAUGGUUCUACCAGAUAUGCUGAAUAUCACACGACCUUGACCAGCUUAAUAUGACCUUGACCUUCCCAGUGAAACAUACAGCAUUUGUUACCUUUUGGAUGAAAAGUUAGAUCAACUUUGUAGUACCCAACAGUCAACCAUGACCUUGUCUCUUGAUUUUAGUGUCUUCACUUGCCCGGUGGGACAUCAAAAACAUCAUUUAAGAUUUUGCAAAGGAUGAAAAUAAAUGACUUAAACAUAAUUAUUUUUUUUUAUUGAGUAUAUCUUUUCAUACAUGAUUUUUAUCAUAGGAUGUUUUCGUUUUCAAAGUUCAUGUAAUACGAAUUUAUGUUAUCUUUGAUGUGCUUGAAAUAAUUUUUUGAGCAUUUUCACUGGUUCUCCUGCCAAUUGACCAAUUGCUUUAGGAUUUUUAGCAAAAGUGUCAUUAACAUCAAUGAACCUCACUUUAAGAAACUACUAUUUUAAUUGUUGAACCUGUAUAUUAAAUAUUUGAAGACAUUUUGUAAUUGGAAGUCAUGUGAUAAAGAUUGGACAUUUUUCAUUUCAUACCGUAUUGUAAUAAACUCCUCCAUGAGUUGUUUGUAAGCCUAAAAAAGACCAGCCUUUAAUCGAAAUUAGCCUCCCACUGUGAAAACAGGUUGUAUUGGCGUAAAGUGUCAUCCCAGAUUAGCCUGUGCAAUCUGCACCAGCUUAUCAGGAAAGACACUCCGGUUUUAUGGCUUUUUUAAAUAAGCCUCCCUCUUGGAAAACUGGGGUUGUAUGCAUAUGUGUAUAUUUCAUCCCAGAUUAGCCUGUGCUAUCCGCACUCGCUAAACAGGGAAGAAACUUUCUGCUCUUAUGGUAAUUUUUGUGUCAAAUUAAUUUUUUUUUUUGAAGUCUGGAUUGUGUGUCAAAUGGACUGACCUACUUUACUGACAAUUUACUGUAAGUAUCACAGUGUGGUUGACAUAUCAGAUCUCUAAAUAUAGCCCGUCCAUUUUUACUUUAUUUAAAUGGUGAUUUUGUAAACAUGGAUUACGAAUACAUUGUUAUGAACACUUGUCCAAAAGUGCAAGCAUAUUUAGAUUGAAACAAGCAUUACUUUCACUUGUACAACAUUAAUUUUUUUGUUGUAUUUUAUGCAUUUAACUUACAAUCAUGUAAAAAAAGAAUAGUAAAAAAUGAAAAUGCCUGCCAUGCAAUUCAUGUGCUUCUGUACCACAAUUACAGCAGGAUAUUUAUCUUACGCUUUAUUUUUAUUUUAGUUUGUAAAUAAGAAUACACUUUAAGCAUGUACUUGUAGUUCUGAUUUUUACAUAAGUGUUGUCCAAAUUUAUUUAAAAGUGAAUUACUUAAAGUAAUAAAACAUUAAAAUUAUUCACUCAAGAACAGUUGUUUAACAUGCAAUAGCUAUUAGUGUUUUCUUUAUUGAUAUAUUUCUGUUCUGUAAAAGCAGAUAUUAUGAACUGUUGUUUUUGUGUGUUAUUAUGCCAUAAUGAUCUCUAUGCAUUAAGGCAAAUAUUGUUUAUUUAUGCCAUGUUUAUAGCGAUUAAAUUUUGUACUUUUAUUUAAUUUUACUAUUAGAGAAUAAACAAAACUGGAAUAAUAA